ACUAGGGUUUAUUCUCGGGGUUUAAAGUGAACGCUUACAACGUUAAACCGCCAGACACUUGAAACUGAACCAUACCAAUAUUCCAAUUCCUUACAAGUUACACACAGCACCAAUGGCCACUAUUUCUAAUCACCCACAAAGCAAAGAAGAACCAAAAAACAACGAAUUCUACGAUGAAGAAGAAGAAGAAGAAGAAAACGAAGACGAAGAGCUCGAAGGCUGGGGCGAUUGGGAAGCUGAAGACGAAGCCGGAGAAGAUGGAGACCAUGAAGAAGGCUCUGAUUCCAAUCUCCUUUGCUUGUUCUGCGACUCCAGGUACGGUUCCUGCGAUGCGCUAUUCGACCAUUGCAUUUCGUCGCACCAUUUCGACUUUCGCGGAGUUCGGACGAAGCUGGGUUUGGAUUUCUACGGUGGGUUUAAGCUCAUCAAUUACGUCCGGUCUCAGGUGGCAGAAAGAAGAUGCUGGAUUUGCGGUGUUACCUGCGAGUCCAGCCAAGGUCUGCAGAAUCAUAAACAUGAAACAUUCAGCAUUGAAGACAUUAAGCCACUCUGGGAUGACGAUAGAUAUCUAAAACCUUUCAUGGAAGAUGACUCACUCUUAUACACUUUUGGUGAAGAUGAAGAAGGAGAAGGAGAAGAUGACUACAGUGCAUCGAUUGACAAAGAUGAACUGAUGAGGGAUUUGAAGAAAUAUGAAGAGAUUUGCAUCGAUGAUGAGAAUACAGGGGACAUGAUUGUAUAUAAUGCUGAUAAUUCUGACAAAAAUGGAAGAAAAGAGAUCGCUUUUGCUUCCAAUGGCCAUUUAGAUGUAGCAGGUUCCUCUGAGAAGGCCUCAAAGGGUAAACAUUUAAGAGGUUCUUUUCCAACUCUUCUUUCAAAGGAUAUCAAGAAUGUGAAUGAGAAUUAUUUUGGGGCUUAUAGUUCAUAUGGCAUUCACAGAGAGAUGAUAAGUGAUAAGGUGAGAACAGAUGCUUAUAGACAAGCUAUCUUGAAAAACCCUUCUCUUUUGAAUAAUGCUGUUGUGAUGGAUGUAGGUUGUGGGACUGGAAUCCUAAGUCUAUUUGCAGCUCAAGCUGGGGCCUCUAGGGUAAUUGCAGUUGAAGCCAGUGAGAAGAUGGCUGCAGUUGCCACCCAGAUUGCAAUGGACAAUGGCCUUUGGCGUAGUAAAAGCCAAAAUGAAGGUAAUAAACACUCCACUGGGGUAAUAGAAGUGGUUCAAGGUAUGGUUGAAGAGCUUGAUAAAUCUUCAAAAAUUCAACCUCACAGUGUUGAUGUAUUAUUGAGUGAAUGGAUGGGGUAUUGCCUUCUUUAUGAGUCAAUGCUUAGCUCAGUGCUUUUUGCACGGGACCGAUGGUUGAAGCCUGGGGGUGCAAUCCUACCUGACACAGCAACUAUUUUUGUUGCAGGAUUUGGUAAAGGUGGUACCAGUGUUCCAUUUUGGGAAAAUGUAUAUGGUUUCAACAUGUCUUGUAUUGGCAAGGAACUUGUUGGCGAUGCUGCUAAAAUUCCAAUUGUUGACAUUGUGGAUAAUCAUGACAUAGUGACCAAUUCUACGGUUCUUCAGACCUUUGACUUGGCAACAAUGAAUCACGAUGACGUGGAUUUCACUGCAAGCGCUGAGCUGGAACCAUAUUCUGGUGGUUCUACAGGCAUGUCGAAUGAUUUGGAAUGUCAAACAAGAUUGUGUUAUGGGGUUGUCUUGUGGUUUGAGACUGGUUUUACCAGCAGGUUCUGCAAAGAAAUGCCAGUUGUGUUGUCCACAUCCCCAUACACUCCAAAAACACAUUGGUCGCAAACAAUUCUUACCUUCUGUGAGCCAAUUGCCAUGGCAUCAGGAAAGCCAAGUGGUGAUAGAUUGGCCGCAAUUGGCACUGAGGCCUGUCCUGCCACAAAGAUUCAAUUGCGUGUUAGCAUUGCACGUGCUGUUGAACAUCGAAGCAUUGACAUUUCCCUAGAGACUGCUGGGAUUGGUUCUGAUGGUAGGAAAUGCAAGUGGCCUGUACAAAUUUUUAAUCUACAUUAGGCCAUAUGCAAUGGAUCAAAAGCUUUCACCAAAAAAAGAAAAAAAAGGGAUCAAAAGCUAAGAUCAUCCCACUGGAAUUGUCUGUCCUGGCAGCCUGUGGAUUUUUUGCGGAGUUUUGUUUUGUUGUAGUAAUCAUUUUAUUGUUUUCUUCAAUUUGUUUAGUCUUCCAAAAGGCUUCUACAAUUUGCAUUAUAUCUAUGUGCGUUUUAUCCAAGUAUUAUAAUAUUGCAAUGGAUGUAAAUUAGUUGCUUUUA